AUGACGCUUGUACUGGAAAAUGGAUCACUUUUCCGACAGGGAUUUUGCUCUCCUGACAGGGGUCACUUAGGUUCAACAAAAGACAACAUGCGCUUAGCGUUUAUGACCCGGCAUGGGUGUAAUCUACGCAAAGCUAUCUCUCUAUCCUUUUGGUUCGAUCAUUGUUGGCCAGUCUCCCGCAAGUAUUGGUUCUCUCUGUUGUUCAUCACCGUGAUCUGCGCCAAGAUUCUUCAUAUCUACUCACAUCUGAACUCUUUACCUCUCGGACAAUUGAUGAUCUGGGGCCCGACAUUCUUUUUACAAGAUGUAGUGUGUAUCUUGUUCACUCACAGCCUGUGUGCUGAUUACCAGCACCGCUGGACACGUGUCAUAGCGGCCUUGUUGGUUGUUCCAGCUAGUUUGGCAAUAUCCGGUCUGUCAGCCGCCAAUAUCUCUUUCUAUGUCGCAACAGGAGCCGAGAUUCACUGGAAACAAGCGCACAACUUCCACGGCGACAAGCCUGGCGUCAAAACGCUGCUCACCGGCUUAACGGGUUUCAUCAUCGUCGAGAUUGCCUUUGUUGCCGCAUCCUGGUUUUCAACCCCGCAUGUAUGCAAUUGGAUCAAGGGAAUUGUGUCAAUUUUUAGGGGUGUUCUGCCAUCCGCCUGUCGUGGGAAACGAACUUCCCCGAUCUUGAAAAGCUAUGAGCGAGUCCCGCCCGAGGAAUGGGAUGAUGAUCGAAGAAAUACCGAGUUGAACUCGGGAGCGCAGGGAAUGGAAACAACUCUGGCAAAUGUAUCAAAAGAAUCUCGUCGUUCUCGUUGGCUGCGGGUCUUUGUUUUUACAUUCACGGGCCUUGCGGUUAUUUUGCGCUGCAUUCGCCCUUCAAGUGCUGCCUAUAACUUUUUAUCCGAGACUGUCAUUGUCACACCGUUCGAGAAGGAUCAGUCUCGCGCUUCAUCACCGUUCGAUCUACUUGAGUUGACAGGUGAUUACAGUUGGUUGGGAAACCACACAGCCCUCGCAGCACCGCCCACAUUUGACUGGCUGCCACAAGAUAAACUGGCCGGGUUCAGUGACUGGUAUGAAAAUGCCAAUCACACUGCGCGCAUACAUUAUAAUCCAGCACAUGAUCCACUUCAUAUCUCCAACCUGGAAAAUGAAGUCCUCGAGUCUCUCCGCGAGCCGCUUCAGAGCGGCAAUGUCAAUAUCAGGCACGUGUUACUUCUCAAGCUGGAAAGCACUCGUGCAGAUGUCUUCCCACUUCGCAAGGAGUCCUAUCUUGGGGACAUGAUUCGCGAAACAUUCAAGAAUGGCCACCUCCCUGGUGAGAUUGAAGAAAGACUGGCCAAUCUAACACCCACCGCAGAGAGACUUACAGCCACUUCUUCCGGGUUCAAUGGAAACAAUGAUGUAGCUAACCCCUACGGGGGAUUUCAUGCUACCGAUGCUUAUACGGGCGGUACCUAUACCCUGAAGAGUAUCGUGGCGACUGUGUGUGGUAUCGCUCCCUUGGUUGCGGAUUUCAAUCGCGAAUACCUGCACCACAUUUACCAACCAUGCAUGCCGCAUAUCCUUGAGGCACUCAACUCUCAGGCCAACAAGACCAAGACGGAGGAUUAUACCUCUUGGCCAUGGCGGUCCACAUGGAUGCAGUCCGUCACUGAAGACUACGACAACCAAAAUCUUCUCACACCCGCGUUGGGCUUUAAGCACAAAGUAACCGACAUCAACAUUUCUGAGGAUCAUGCGAAGCAGGGUGGCCCUCAACUGGAGAAGUUCAAUUUCUGGGGAUACCCCGAAACAGAGCUUGCGGAUUAUUACCGCAAGGCAAUCAACUCAGCAGAGAAGCGGAAGGAACGACUAUUCAUCUCGCACUUGACUAGCAUUACCCAUCAUCCUUGGGAUACACCGAACCACAAGCACGAGGAAAUGAUCAGUCACAGCUGGGUGGGAAAGACGAACAAGGUAAAUCACUACCUGAAUACGCUUGGCGUUGCAGACAAAUGGCUCGCCGAGUUGUUGAACAUCCUGGAGGAAACUGGUGCUGCCAACGAGACCCUGGUCGUGAUGGUGGGAGACCAUGGAGUUUCACUCCCCGAGAACGGCGGCGUCACCCCGUAUCUCAACCCUCAUACCGCCAGCUUCCACGUCCCUCUAGUCUUUGCCCACCCCCAACUGCCACCCGUCGAGAUCAACUCUCGAGUAGCCUCCAUACAAAUCGUUCCCACAAUUCUUGAUAUUCUAUCAGAAUCGGGAUCCCUCGACAAACAAGCCAAAUCUGCUAUCAAAGAUCUUCUCCCCAUGUACGAAGGUCAAUCAGUGAUCCGACCCACAAUCGCAGAGAAAGAUGGAAAGCAAGACUGGCAGUUCUCAGUCAUGAACACUGGAGGAACAUGGCUUGCCUUGCGAUCCGCUGCAAAGCCUUACCGUCUCAUCAUCCCCGUCAUCCCUGACCUCGAGUGGCGGUUCUCGAAUGUAGAGACCGACCCGCAUGAACUUGAAGCAUUGCAGGAUUUCAAUCUUGAGAAUUUGAUGAAUAUGGUCCUGCCUGAACACGGAGAAGAUGCUGUACAGUGGGUUAAGGACGCGGCCCACGUGGCGAAGUGGUGGGUUAAGGAAAACUGGCGGCGCUAUAAAUAUCUGCCGUGA